UGAAGAUCAAAAUGGCCGAAACUGAUAUGCGAGCGAGCAGAUUCCUCACCAUUGUUCCCAGGGGUAUAUUUCUUCCUUAUGUUGUACACCUUCUCAACAAAUCAAUUUUAAAUGUCGUAGGACUGGUGAUAUAUAAUUAUCAAAAUCGCUCACCGGCAGAGAUCGGCUUGUCGCUCUAAAUUACUACAUGUAGAGAGCUGUAAUCAACAAAGCUGUGGAUUGGGUUGAUCGAACAGGAAAGGAGUUUGUUGAUAUGUAGGAGGAACAGUGUCACAGCCAAGUCUGAUCCCUGGAACACCC